AUGGUCCAAUUCUUUUCUAGCGUGGGUACCGUGUUUUCUGCUGCCAUUGCAUUGCGGGUGGUACUCCUGAUUUAUGGAUCUUUUCAAGAUGCCUUCUCUCCGAUGAAGUACACCGAUAUCGAUUAUUUUGUCUUCACCGACGCCGCUCGUUUCAUCUCUCGCGGCCGGUCCCCAUAUGCCAGAGAUACCUACCGUUACACGCCACUUCUAGCUUGGUUCAUCUACCCGACGACAUGGCAAGGCUCCUGGUUCUUAUUCGGAAAGAUUCUCUUCGCUCUUGGGGACAUUGCCGCGGGAUGGCUGAUUCUACUUAUUCUUCGGUCUUCCGGAAAAAUGCCGUUGGAUAGAGCCCUUAAAUUCGCUAGCAUCUGGCUUCUGAAUCCCAUGGUGGCUCAAAUCAGCACGAGAGGUAGUUCUGAGGGUUUGCUAGGGGUCAUCGUCUCAGCCCUACUAUGGUCGGUGCUUGCUGGCCGUAUGGGGCUUGCUGGCUGUCUUCUUGGAUUCGCCGUACAUUUCAAGAUCUAUCCUUUUAUCUAUGCCACUUCUAUCAUCUGGUGGCUGGACGAUGAACACUGUCCGCCAAAAUCCGACAAAAACUUCAGACGGCCCAAGACCAUAUAUGAACAGGUCGUAAGCUUUACAAACCCAUCCCGAGUCACAAUAGCUGUCUUCAGCUUGUUGACUUUUACCAUCUUGAACGGUGCCAUGUAUUAUGCCUAUGGAUGGCCUUUCCUCCAGCACAGCUACUUCCACCACUUGACGCGAAUUGACCAUCGCCACAAUUUCUCGCCAUACAACACUCUACUCUACUUGAACUCUUCCCCAACCGGAAACGCAUCUAUCAAAUUAGAGUCUUGGGCUUUUGUGCCUCAGUUGUUUUUGAGCACCGUCGCAAUCCCAUUGGCGCUUGCAAAGAAAGAUCUUCCGUCAACCAUGCUGGCCCAGACUUUCGCCUUCGUAACUUUCAACAAAGUCUGCACUAGCCAGUACUUCCUCUGGUACAUAAUGUUCCUCCCAUUCUAUCUUCCCACGUCAACGCUAUUGCAAAAGCCGGCCACUGGGAUUGUUGCUGGCGUUCUUUGGGUGUUCUGGCUACACCAAGGCUACCGCCUCGAAUUUCUAGGAAUAUCGUCAUUUGUCCCCGGGCUAUGGGCAUCCAGUGUCUUUUUCUUUCUGGUGAACAUCUGGAUCCUCGGGAUCAUCAUCACGGACCUAGGACGCACCAGCAAGUCCCAAACGAAACUAGCAGGGAAUAAGAAGAAUAUAUAA